AUGGCGGGACGGGCCGCGAUGCGAACCCCUAAACCGCCCGACCGCGACGAAUAUAAAGAAUCACCGCCACGAUUAUCGAGACCGAAGCGCACCACUAGACUACCAAAUAGUUAUACUCGAGAUAACUUCGGACAACUCUCCGAUAGAGAGCGACGACCUAAGUGCUACCUAACUUAUGAAAGAGGUUAUUAA